UUUACAAAUUUUUGCGUUUAUUCAUUUUUGUGAUUAUUAGCACGCGUUGUCGUUGUUGUUCCGUAUGCUGUUUUACUGUACAUGGCGCAGCCUGCCUGGUCGAACUGGUUAAGUAAGAUCGUCGGCCAGCCAGAUACAUGGAAACUUGCCAAACUGGUUUAGCAGCAGCCUGCUCCAGCAUUAUUUAAGCAUUAACAAUCACCCACAAUGUUACACACUUGGUAACUCGUAAGCUGGCAAGAGGUGUAUGAAACGGAGAACCCGUGUUAUAACGACUGUUGUUGCCCGACCAUGCAAGGAUAAAGCAAGUUACAUUCAUUCAUUACUUUUUUGCUACUAUACUCUGUUAAGAAUUACGCUAUGAUUAUUACAAUUCUCAUUAAAUGCAAUUGAUUUAAUAAUUUUUAUGCUUUUUUUUAAAGGUGUUAAAUUAGCAAAAAUGGAAUCCGUUUUCUGUUUUGAAGUUGCAAUUGAUUGCUUGAAUUUACGAAAUCGAGUGAAAUGCUUUGUACCAUACAUAGCUGUUGCAUUUCUUGACUUUCCUACCAUCUUACUGUAUGCUGAGAAGCCAACAACACGCUUGCAUGGAAAUGUUUAUAAGUUUACGAAAGGGAAAUCAUGUUUGUUUAAAAUGAGCCCAACAGAGGUGUAUGAGAAGCUUUUAAAAACUCCACUUUAUGUUGUAGUGUUGGACAAAGGUGGGGAUGAGCAGAAAUGCAUCGGGUCAACCUCCAUUGAGCUGAAAGACUCAAUUAAAAGAGUAUUAGGCGACCUGCAGACUAAUGGUCUACACCAAGCAACUUGUCAUGGGGAAAAUCUAACAGUACCUAUAAUAAACUAUGCAAAUGCAUGUGUGGGUGCUUUAAAAAUAGCUUAUAAGCUAACAAGUCUUGGUCAUUCAAUGCUUCCUCAUUUAGCAUCUGUGCCCAUAAGUUAUACAGUUCAAGAAUUGACAUCUAAUAUAGCUGUGAAGAAUGUGGAUGUCAUGCCACUCUCCACAGUUGAAAAUGUGAUAACCCCUCCACCUCUUUAUUAUAAAGCUGAGCCAAGUAAUAAAAAGGCUUCUGGUGAUGCAUUUGAAACACCCAAGACAAAAGAUGCAUCUACAGCAAUGUCGGUAUCCACCAAGACAAGUGAAGGUGAAAAAAAUGAUCCUAUUACAUUAAAACAAGAACCACCAAAACCCACACUUCAUAACACAAAAGGAAAAUUAAUAUCAAUAGAAACAUAUGCAGAUCGAAAUACUGAGGCAACUCAAACGGACAUUAUAGCUUUAAAACAAUACCCCAUCCUCAGUGCUUUGGUUAGAGAGGUUCUUCAAUUAAGUAUUGGUAAAGAAACUGAAUUGGACGUAAGAAAAGUUUCGGAAGAUAAAGGAAUGAAACAAGAUUUGCAACAAUCUUGUUUACUAAAGCCAAGAAGUGGUGCUACUCAUAAAGACAGGCCAACAACUUCUGCUAAACUUACAAAGUCAAACAAGAAGUAUCCAUUGCAGUAUGGGUUAACAAAGUCACUGAGACUUAGAAUGGCUUUGACAACAACUGAAGAGCACAGGCUUUCAAGUACUGCUCCUAAACCAAGGAAGCAUGUUCCAUUGAAAAAGAAACCUGCUUCCGGAAGAUUAAAAAAGAAAAGUGGAACAAAACCAAAGCGAGAAAUGGGUAUUAUUGACAGGGAGAUAACACCGGAGCCAGAAAUAGCAGAGGUUAUAAACGAUGAUCCAUCUUAUUUAAAAGAUGCUGACUCUUCUGGACAAGAAGAUCAAAUGAAGAAGACAAGGAAUAUUGGUUUGGGGUUGGAAGAUCUUGUAAUAGUGAGAGAAAUAUCUUCCCCUAGAGCACAGAGCAGACAGAGCAUUGAAAUAAGACUCCCUACCGCUCAGGAAGAGAAGGAGAACUCAACUGGAAACUACACUUACUCCGAUGACUUUGAUGAUGAAAAGUCAUGGUCAUAUGAAAGAACAACAUCUGUUUUGACAACGUUCGAGAUGUCUCCUCAACCCACUGUUCUUGAUGCAGUGAGUGAGGCGGAGCAAACAACUAAUGAAGUUACAAAUCAUUUAACUGUGGAUGUUUCACCGCAGCAUACAAUCUCAGAUGUUUCACCAAGUGCCACCUUCGCAACUACACCAAGAGAAAUGACAAUGGAUGAUUUACGUAAGGACAUAACAUCCCCACAGUUUGCAACAUUCACAGUAAACCAGUCUAAAACUAAACACGCAAGUAAGGAGAGUUAUGAAGACUCAUUUGAAACCUCUAAACACCCAUCACCACGACAAGAAUCAUCAGCAGUUGAAAAUGAUUCCAAACCAACUGAUGACUCGGCAUCUGUUGCCACGACGCUCUUCGCUCAUGACCUCCCUGUUCCUGCUCCUUCUUCCGAUUCCCCAGUGAUCCGAUCUCUUGCAUCGGAGCCAAGGAUCAAACCGCGUCCUCCUAGUCGAUCCCAGUCCUUAUCUCAUGAAAAACUCCAUCGAAAGUUCCGGAUGAGCACUGAGAGCUCUUUCCAGAUGUCGGAGCCAAGUGACAUCCGGACUUCUGAUCUCGCGGACAUUAAAACAUCUGACAUCAUCAGUGAGCUGAAUACGUCAACUGAAAACAAUUCCCCAAACGCAAGCGAUAUUUUGGGACGAAAAGUAUCUUUUCCAAAUUUAUGAACUAUUAAAGAAAAAACAUGAAAAUAAUUUUUAAAUCCCAAUAUUUUUUAGACAGGUUAAAAGUUUUGUGUAUAUUAUUAUGUUUUUAAAUUGUUGUAAGCUUAAGCUUGUUUUAGUGUUGUUCAAAACCUGUUUAUUAAUUUCGAUAGAAAAGCAUUGCAAUAGGCAACUGUGAUUUGACAGCAUGAAUAUUAAAUAUUUUAAAGUAAAGACAACAUAACUUCAUUGUAAAGUGACUUGCUACCAUAGGAUAUGCUCAACAAGUUGCAAUAUAUAAAUAUCUUUUAACUGGUACGUGUAAUUAAAUGUAAUCUAUUUCUUUGUAUUUUAUAGUAUAUUCUAAAUAUUUAUAUACAAUAUUAUAUACAUUAAUACGGUAAUACCACACUCACUUUAUAUAUGUCACUGUUAGUGUUUCAUAUGUUUUCAUUUAUUCUAUACAAAUUUGUAACUUUUAUAUGAAAUUUAGAUGAUAUAGCACCUUAUAGUUAGUAAAGUAUGUUGAACUUGUUGGUUUUACUUUCUUUUCUCAUCCCAACCUGUUAUCCCCAUCCACAAUGCAUUGAUACGCAAGCUCCAUUCACGUAAGUUUAAGUUUCAACCUUUUAUCUUAUGUGUCAUUUGUGUCGUGUGCCAUGGAAUGCCAUGUCAUCCUAACGUUUGAAACAAGGGUAAAAUUAUAUGA